GUUGGUCAAAAGCCCGAGGGAUCUUUGUCAUACUGAGGUUAUUCGGCAUCUAUUUAAUUAUCCAGCGUCUCCCCCUCUGUUCAUGUUCAUCUUCUCCCACCAACAUUGACAAUCUUGCCUCCAAGCACCCAUCCAAACCAAGAGCUUAUCUGCUUAUUUAAUAGCUGCACACUCUCCAACCAUGGAAAAGUCCGAACUGUCCCCCGAGCUUGCAGCGUUCUGGUGCAGGCCUGGCGACCUCUGGGGAAAAGGCGGUGGGGGCGUCGAAGACUUCCUCGCCAACUUCGGGACAAACGCCGCCGAAAACGUCAAAUUCCGCAUCACCGGCCAGGAGUUCGAAUUCGCAGGUGACGCUGUGGGCAUCGAUCAGACCAAUGCCCUGAUCAAGAGAGGCAUUGUGGCCGGACUUGUCGGUGCCCUCGACACCACCAAGCCAAUGGAGCGUCAGAUUCUCCGCGUCAUUGGCGGCGGCCCCGGUCAGUGGUGCGCUGUAGACAUGAUUGCAAAGGGAACUUCCAAGUCAGGGAAGCCAUGGUUCCAUGAGUCGGUCAUGCUGCUCAAGGCCAAUGACAAAGGGAAAUGGGAGGAGGUCAAGGUGUACUUUGAUACACUGCAUGUCCAUAACCACCUCGUGGAUACCAACGCGUUUUAGUCGGUUGCAGGUGCGAAGGCAAGCUCGUGCAGGCGAGUAUGAUUGUCUUGGACUAGAAUAGUGCAAUUGCAUUCAACAUGCUAUGUUAGUAGCUGCUUUCAAAAAAUACUAUUCUGUCACUUGCUGAGUAUUUUAGAUGUAAUAGUCGGGCAUGAAUUUGCAAUAUGAUUGCUGUGAGGUGGCAGUCCUGUGAAGGGUAAUUAUGUAGCCACGUACAACUCUUUCAUUAGACAGCAUAUAUUGAAAACAAGCUUACCCAAAUGAC